GACCCCCUGCCCUGGUCCGUCUGCCCGCUGAAUGCCAACCGCACCGGCUACGACGAGGAGUGCGAGCAGGCCUCCUCGACCAAGUACUUCUGGUACCGGAAGACCCUCAACAUCUCGCCGUCCAUCCAGGAGAGCGGCGGCCUGCAGUGGGAGCCGGCGCUGUGCCUCCUGCUGGCCUGGCUGGUGGUGUACCUGUGCAUCCUGCGGGGCACCGAGUCCACCGGCAAGGUGGUGUAUUUCACCGCGUCGAUGCCCUACUGUGUGCUCAUCAUCUACCUGAUCAGGGGCCUCACACUCCACGGAGCCACCAAUGGCCUGGUGUACAUGUUCACUCCCAAGUUGGAGCAGCUGGCCAACCCCAAGGCCUGGAUCAACGCAGCCACCCAGAUCUUCUUCUCGCUCGGCCUGGGCUUCGGCAGCCUGAUCGCCUUCGCCAGCUACAAUGAGCCCUCCAACAACUGCCAGAAGCAUGCCAUCAUCGUGUCCCUCAUCAACAGCUCCACCUCCAUAUUUGCCAGCAUCGUCACCUUCUCCAUCUACGGCUUCAAGGCCACCUUCAACUACGAGAGCUGCUUGAACAAGGUGAUUCUGCUGCUGACCAACUCCUUCGACCUGGAAGAUGGCUUUUUGACAGCCAGCAACCUGGAGCAGGUGAAGGGCUACCUGGCAUCCACCUACCCGAGCGAGUACAGCAAGGUGUUCCCACUGAUUAAAAACUGCAGCUUGGAAUCGGAGCUGGACACGGCUGUCCAGGGCACCGGCCUGGCUUUCAUCGUCUACACCGAGGCCAUAAAGAACAUGGAAGUGUCCCAGCUGUGGUCCGUGUUAUACUUCUUCAUGCUGCUGAUGCUGGGCAUCGGGAGCAUGCUGGGCAACACGGCCGCCAUCCUCACGCCUCUGACCGACAGCAAAGUCAUUACCCGCCGCCUGCCCAAGGAGGCCAUCUCAGGUCUGGUGUGUCUCAUCAACUGCGCCAUCGGCAUGGUGUUCACCUUGGAGGCCGGCAACUACUGGUUCGACAUCUUCAACGACUACGCGGCCACGCUGUCCCUGCUGCUUAUUGUCUUGGUGGAGACGGUGGCCGUGUGCUACGUGUUCGGGCUGAAGAGGUUUGAGAGUGACCUCCGGGCCAUGACGGGCCGCGCGCUGAACUGGUACUGGAAGGUGAUGUGGGCCGGCGUGAGCCCGCUGCUCAUCGUGAGCCUCCUGCUCUUCUACCUGAGCGACUACAUCCUCACGGGCACCCUGCAGUACCAGGCCUGGGACGCCUCGCAGGGCCAGCUUGUGACCAAGGAUUACCCCACGUACGCGCUGGUUGUCAUCGGGCUGCUGGUGGCCUCCUCCACCAUGUGCAUUCCCCUGGUGGCUCUGGGGACUUUUGUCAUGCGCCGCCUCAAGAAGGGAGACACGGUGCCUGUGGCCUGAGAGCCGGGCUCCCAAGGCCGCCGUCGCUGCUCAAUUUCAGCUACUAGUUCCACGUGGAACCCUCUCGGCCGCUUUGCAAGUAUCUACUCCGGAUGCACUGAGCCCGUGGUCUUCCUGAGUCUGGAAAGAACUAGAAGGGGUGGGGGGAAAAGACCCCACCCCCAGGAGAGCCCACACCUGCCACGAAGCGGCCGCUCUGCCCUCUGCCUCCCCCCAAGGUCGCCCAGCUGUCUCCCUGUCACCAGAGGCAGGGUUUCCAAGGCCAGCCUAGAAGACAAUGGCUUUCUUGAGUCUAGGGAAGUCCUAGGAUUAGCGCCCACUGUGAGCUGACAUUCGACUAUCAUUUUUAUGGAAUAAAAUUUAAGCCAUUUUUUUCCCUAAAGACAUUCCAAAAUAUUAGAGGCCCAUCGUUUUCAGGUCCAUUUGGAAAGCAGUGUUUUCAGUUCGCCGAGGGCAGGCCUGAGCGUCACUGGCACGGACUGAGCCCUCUUUUGACAGAGCACGUAGGCGGUCGCCGUGCUCUCCAGUGACCUGCCGUGGAGAAGCCCUCUACUGGGGACCCACCGGGGGGCACUUUUCUCUGACUCGAAGUCUCUCACAGUAGGUCCAGGCCAGUCCUCUCUACAGAAAUCGCCCCAAACGAUCUCUGCAGUUCGCAGCCCCAAAGGCCUUCGGAUGGUUAU